UCUCUGCGUUGAGGUUUGUCAUUCGGAUCUUCUUGCAGAGCGUCUGGCAGAUGUGUCCCUUCCUCUCCAGACAUGUCUAACGCCAAAGAGAGAAAACAUGCUAAGAAAAUGAGAAACCAGCCCACCAGCGUGACUUUGUUCUCUAGCUUUGCCGCUAACCGAGGUGUCAGGCACCACAGUGGAGGUGGAAAACCUGCCCCAAGUCAGAAGCAAGACUCUCGUUCUGGAAGUUUCCAACAGCAAGAAACCAAAGGGACUCACCAUGUACUGCCUGACCCUCAUGCCAACGAACAGUCGUCCUCCAAAGUAAUGUUUAGGAAGAAGGGAGGAUGGAAAGCCGGCCCCGAGGGCACUUCUCAGGAGAUCCCCAAGUAUAUCACUGCGUCGACUUUCGCGCAGGCCCGGGCCGCGGAGAUCAGUGCCAUGCUGAGAGCGGUGACCCAGAAGUCUUCCAACUCCAUGGUGUUCCAGACUCUGCCGCGGCACAUGAGGCGCAGAGCCAUGAGCCACAAUGUCAAACGCCUCCCCAGACGCCUGCGGGAGAUGGCCCAGAAGGAGGCGGAGAAGGCAGCGCAUCAGAAGAAAGAGCCCUCGAGGAGGAAAUGCCACAAGGCUCGAAGGUGCCACCGGAGCCGGGCGCUGGAGUUCAGCCGCCGCCAGCAGAAGAACCUAGAGAGAUUGACUUUUGCAGCGGCUCACUGUCUGUCUGGAAAGCGCCAGGGUAGUUUGGUGCUUUGCCGGGCGAACAAGAGCCCUCGAGAAAUGCUUGGGCCCGUCACGUUCCUGUGGAAAGCCAGGAGGAGCCCCGGGGACCUCGCCGAGAGCCGGCAGCUGUGGAUCUGGCUGCACCCGACUCUUAAACAGGAGGUCUUAGGGGAAAUCAAAGCCGUGUGCCGGUGCACGGCGGCUGCCUGCCGCCCCGACCCCCCCCUGGUGCCCCCCCAAGAAGCAAGCCAGAUCGAAGCUCUCGGCAAGAAAAGGAAACGGGCGGAGGACGGAGACCAUGCCAAGCCGGUGAAAGUGGUUUUCGGGGACAGAACGAGAGCGCCCCAGGAGCCACGCUCUUGGGCGUCACCGAGCACUGGCCUUGUCGUCAGCGAUUUGACGAUGGAGAUGAACCGAUUCCGGCUGAUUGGUCCGCUCUCCCACUCCGUCCUCACCGAGGCCCUCAGAGCUGCUGCUGUCCACACUGAGGGAGGGGACACAGAGGAAUCGCCGCACUGUUGGUGGACUGAAGCCUGCAGGAAUCCUGAGAGCAUUUCCCUUCAUCACAGACAAAGAGCCGUCUUUGAGUUGCUGGGAGGAGUGACGUCCCCGGCAGAGCUUCCCGCAGGCUCUCUUCUGGGACUCACAGUUGGGGAUCCUCGAGUAAACUUGCCUCCAAAGAGGUCCAAAGCUCUGCCCGAUCCAGGAAAAUGCCAAGAUAAUGAGAGAGUUAGACAGCUGCUGCUGGAGGGUGUGCCCGCGGAGUGUGCGCACAGCUUUGUGUGGGACCAAGCUAUCUGUAAGAGUGUCACAGACACUAAAAUCUCGGACCAGGAUUUAAACCGGAUGAGAAGUGAAUUGCUGGUGCCUGGGUCCCAGCUUGUGUUAGGUCCCCAGGAGUCCAAGAUCCCCGUACUUCUGAUCCAGCAGCCAGGGAAGGUGACUGGUGAAGACCGCCGGGGCUGGGGCAGCGGCUGGGAUGUCCUGCUUCCCAAGGGCUGGGGCAUGGCGUUCUGGAUUCCGUUUAUCUACCGAGGUGCCAGAGUGGGCGGCUUAAAAGAAGGCUUAGUCCAUUGUCAGUACAAAAGGUCACCCAGCAUCCCGGGUGACUUCCCUGACUGCCCUGCUGGGAUUCUCUUUGCCCAAGAGCAAGCCAAGAACCUUCUGGAAAAGUACAAAAGACGCCCUCCUGCAAAACGGCCCAACUACGUAAAGCUCGGCACUUUGUCCCCUUUCCACUGCCCCUGGGUGCAGCUGACUCAAGAUUGGGAAUCGAGAGUUUUGGCCCAAGACGAAUCUUCCGGAACCCCAUCUCCCGAUGGCGAGGAGAGCGCCCCCAGGGGAGAUGAGAAGCCUUGGGCUGCCACCCCUGAGGACAUCCUUCCACUCUCUGUAAGGGAACUGGGGGAGCCAGGGGACGCGAUGGACGCAGAGUGUCCGGGCCAGGCGGGCCCCGAGCCAGUGAAUGCCCAGGAUGUUGCUGCCGCGGGGGGCAGCCUCUGCGUUGUCAGGGAGAGGAAAUUACUGAAGCAGCUGUCGGCCUGGUGCAGGCCCAGUUCUGGGGGCAGCCGGACAGCUCGGCGAGCUCCUGGCAGGGGCCAGCAGGACCUGACCCGAGAAGCCUGUCUGUCCAUCCUGGGCCCACGCCCCCGGGCCCUGGUGUGGGUCAGCCUGACCCUGCUUCGCAAGGGCAGCCCAGAGCCCCACACCAUGAUCUGCGUCCCGGCCCAGGAGGAUCUCCUGUGCCUCAGCCGGGACCAGCUCUACCGAGGGCCCCAGGAGCGCAAGCACAGCGACCCGUUCAAGAGUAGGCUCCUGAAGCAGAAGCAGAGGGAGAAGCUGGCGAAGAGGCAGAGGCACCGGGGCGCCGUCCUUGAGGGCCCAGCAGCAGAGGGCCCCGCGCCCGGGCACGAGGCGGUAACACGGGGCCUGUGGUCCGGCCCCCUCCCGCCCAUAGCUUCCCACUGUUCCAGGCCCCUCCUGGGCUUUGUCACACAGGGGGACUUCUCCAUGGCGGUGGGCUGCGGAGAAGCCCUGGGCUUUGUGAGCUUGACGGGCUUGCUGGAUAUGCUGUCCCGGCAGGGUGCCGGUGAGAAGGGCCUGGUGCUCCUGCGGCCCCCAGCCUCCCUGCAGUACCGAUUCGGGAGGCUUGCCAUCGAAGUGUGACUGUGGCCCAAGAUCCUCGCCGGGCCCCCAGGUGGCUAGCUUUGCCUUCACCGCCUCCUGUUGCAAAAUCUCCCGUGAUACUCCUCGGAAGGGGGAAUAAAACGGAUGUGUGAUG